GGUUGAUUUUUGCCCCUCCGCUCUUGACCCCACCCCCAGCCCCGCUCCCCUCCACCCGGCUCCGGCCCUUGCACCCGCUCUCCUGCUCUCGGAAAGGUCGCGGCCCGCUGCCCUCUGGGCAGUCGUGCCGAGAUGAACCCCAGAGCCCCCAGCUACCCGAUGGCCUCGCUCUACGUGGGGGAUCUACACCCCGACGUGACCGAGGCGAUGCUCUACGAGAAGUUCAGCCCGGCCGGGCCCGUCGUCACCAUCCGGGUCUGCAGGGACACCAUCACCCGCCGCUCCCUGGGCUACGCGUAUGUGAACUUCCAGCGGCCUGCGGACGCAGAGCGCGCUUUGGACACCAUGAAUUUUGAUGUUAUAAAGGGAAAGCCCUUACGCAUCAUGUGGUCUCACGGUGAUCCAUCACUUCGCAAAAGUGGAAUAGGCAACAUAUUCAUCAAAAAUUUGGACAAAUCCAUUGAUAAUAAAGCACUGCACGAUACAUUUUCUGCUUUUGGUAACAUCCUUUCCUGUAAGGUGGUUUGUGAUGAAAAUGGUUCCAAGGGCUAUGGAUUUGUACAUUUUGAGACACAGGAAGCCGCUGAAAGAGCUAUUGAAAAAAUGAAUGGGAUGCUCCUAAAUGAUUGCAAAGUAUUUGUUGGACGAUUUCAGUCCCGUAAACAAAGAGAAGCAGAAUUUGGAGCUCGGGCAAAAGAGUUCACCAAUGUUUACAUCAAGAAUUUUGGAGAAGACAUGGAUGACGAGCGCCUUAAAGAUCUCUUUGGCAAGUUUGGACCUGCCUUAAGUGUGAAAGUAAUGACUGAUGAAAGUGGAAAAUCCAAAGGAUUUGGAUUUGUGAGCUUUGAAAGGCAUGAAGAUGCACAGACAGCUGUGGAUGAGAUGAAUGGAAAAGAGCUCAAUGGAAAACAAAUUUACGUUGGUCGAGCUCAGAAAAAAGUGGAACGCCAGACAGAACUUACACAUAAAUUUGAACAGAUGAAGCAAGAUAGGAUCACCAGAUACCAGGAUGUUAACCUUUAUGUGAAAAAUCUUGAUGAUGGUAUUGAUGAUAAACGUCUCUGGAAAGAGUUUUCUCCAUUUGGUACAAUCACUAGUGCAAAGGUUAUGAAGAAGGGUGGUCGCAGCAAAGGAUUUGGUUUUGUAUGUUUCUCCUCCCCAGAAGAAGCCACUACCGCAGUUGCAGAAAUGAAUGGUAGAAUUGUGGCCACCAAGCCACUAUAUGUAGCUUUAGCUCAGCGCAAAGAAGAGCGCCAGGCUCACCUCACUAACCAGUAUAGGCAGAGAAUGGCGAGUGUAGGAGCUGUGCCCACCCCUGUAAUCAACCCCUACCGGCCAGCACCUCUUUCACGUUACUUCAUGGAAGCUGUCCCACAGACUCGGAACCAUGCUGUGUACUAUUCUCCUAGCCAAAUUGCUCGACUAAAACCAAGUCCUCACUGGACUGCUCAGGAUGCCAGACCUCAUCGAUUCCAGAAUCUGUCUGGUGCUAUCCAACCCGCCACUCCUAGACCACCAUUUAGCACAGUGAGACCAGCUUCUUCACAGGUUCCACGAGUCACGUCAACACAGUGUGUUGCAAACAGGUCAACACAGAGAAUGGAUCCAUGUCCUGCAGCUGCUGCCGCUGCAAUUACACCUGCUGUCUGCACCAUUCCCCAGUAUAAAUAUACUGCAGGGGUCCGCAAUUAUCAGCAGCAUCUUAAUGCACAGCCACAGAUUACCGUGCAACAGCCUGCUGUUCAUGUACAAGGUCAGGAGCCUUUGACUCCUUCCAUGUUGGCAUCUGCAACCCCUCAAGAGCAAAAGCAAAUGUUGGGUGAACAGCUGUUUCCCCUUAUUCAAGCCAUGCACCCUACUCUUGCUGGUAAAAUCACUGGCAUGUUGUUAGAGAUCGAUAAUUCAGAACUUCUUUAUUUGCUUGAGUCUCCAGAGUUUCUCCCAUCUAAGGUUGAUGAAGCCGUAGCUGUAAUACAAGCUGCCCAGAAAGCAGUGAACAGUGCCACUAGAGUUCCAACUGUCUAAAAUUGAUGAGGGACCACAAAAAGAAACUCGUGCUUCACCAAAGAAAAAUGUCUAAAC